AUGGUCCCUGAAAUCUUGGCAAAAAGGUAUACGUCCACCACCAUCGCUGGGCCAAUCGAGCCGUCCUCGCCAAAAACCGUCAGUAGGGCGGCAAGUUCAGCCCCCGGCAAUACGGCCAGAAAACAUUCCUUCAGCGUAUCAUUGCCUCUCAUCCCAGCCGCCACUGGAAAUAGUGGUAGUGAUAUCACCGCAAGGGACACUUGCAACGGAUCUCCAAUCGCUGUCAAUUUAGAUGCCGGUUACUGCCGUUCCUCAGUCCCCGUAGCCGGCAGUAGCCCCUCCAUUCAAGAUAAGCAAGAUCCCGGUUGCCAAAAGCUUAUCUCCCCAAGGCGCUCCAACUCACAGUCUUUCGAGGUAAACGUCUCUAUUGGCCAGCCUGUCAAUUUAGCCGCCAACAUGCAUGACAGCACCUCUCAAUCGACCAGCUCCGUGACUUGUUCUACGCUCCCUGAAUCCCAAAAAACCUUGAUGCCGCUCAGUGUGCAUAUUCUUAAUGCCAUUGAUGGGAAGCUUGGGCAGAAUAGACGAUCCUUAAAAGACAACUACAAAAGUGACAGUGUAAAAAACGAAGGCAAUUCCAGCUUGAAAGGAUCUCUGCAAAACAAAGAAAGUAUUGCUACCUCAAUCCACCCUCCAGCCAGUGGCCUCAAUCACAGCACAGACACGAAGAGUGAUGGUAAAGAUUUGGCUAACUUGGCUAGCAAUGAUGGAUACGGCAAAAUCGUAUGGUCCCUCACCACGCCCAAGGAAUCAGGGUAA